UCCACUCAGUGUGCUGGCUUGUUGCUUGGAUACACUGUCUGUUCUACGCCCGCUCCAUAUACUCGCGUUACGCACCAUUAAUGAUCGACUCCGGGCAUCAAAUUCAAAGCCUGUCAGUGACAAUACAAACAACAAAACAUCACUCACAAUUACAGAUAAGGUGUCUAACGUUUGCCAAUGUGGACAUACAGAAGUGACACUCAAGUGGCUACUGAGGAGCUGCAGUCACAGGUGCGCACAGCCAGUCGCUGAUCAUGGCGGAGCUACAGCUACAGCAUGAAGUGGAGCCUCAACUUCUCAAUGGGGACGACUUGAACGAGGAGAGAGAAGAUGCAGACACCUCAGAAUCAUUAAAGAAAAGGAGAAGAAAGAAGAAGAGGAAUAAGGCAUCCGCACCAGCAGGGACAAAUGAGGCUGAGGGGGAUGGAGAUGCCGGAGGUGUUGGUGAUGUGACAAAACAGUUGGAGCAGCAAACACUGGAGGACAAGGAGAGGGAGGAGGAUGGAGAAGAAGAUGGGGAAGAGGGAGAGAACUCAGCUGGAAAGAAGAAGAAGAAGAAGAAAAAGAAGAAAGGAUUGAAGGGACAGACUGACCCUCCCUCAGUCCCUAUUUGUGAGCUGUAUCCCAACGGAGACUUUCCAAAGGGAGAGGAGUGUGAAUAUCCCCCAUCAAAAGACGGGCGCAGCGCAGCGUGGCGGACCACCAGCGAGGAGAAGCGGGCGUUGGACAUGGCCAACGAGGAGAUGUGGAGCGAUUUUAGGCAGGCGGCUGAGGCACACCGGCAGGUCCGCUCCUACGUCAGGAGCUGGAUCAAACCAGGGAUGACUAUGAUUGACAUUUGUGAGAAGCUGGAAGACUGCUCCAGGAGGCUCAUCAAAGAAAACGGGCUAAAGGCAGGCCUGGCCUUCCCCACCGGCUGCUCCAUCAACCACUGUGCUGCUCACUACACCCCAAACGCAGGAGACCCCACCGUGCUGCGCUAUGACGACGUCUGCAAAAUUGACUUUGGAACACACAUCAACGGUCGGAUAAUCGACUGUGCCUUCACCGUCACUUUCAAUCCAAAGUAUGACAGGCUGCUGGAGGCUGUGAGAGAUGCAACUAACACUGGCAUCAAGUUUGCAGGAAUUGAUGUGCGCCUGUGUGAUGUUGGCGAGACCAUUCAGGAGGUCAUGGAGUCCUAUGAAGUGGAGAUAGAUGGGAAAACAUAUCAAGUGAAGCCAAUCAGGAAUCUCAAUGGCCACUCUAUUGGACAAUACAGGAUACACUCAGGAAAGACAGUUCCUAUUGUAAAAGGCGGAGAGGCCACGAGGAUGGAGGAAGGUGAAGCUUAUGCCAUUGAGACAUUUGGCAGCACAGGAAGAGGUGCAGUGCACGAUGACAUGGAGUGCUCACAUUACAUGAAAAACUUCAAUGUUGGACACGUGCCAAUAAGACUUCCAAGGGCUAAACAUCUGCUCAAUGUGAUCAAUGAAAACUUUGGCACCUUGGCAUUCUGCCGCCGCUGGCUGGACCGCUUGGGUGAGAGCAAGUACCUGAUGGCAUUGAAGAAUCUGUGUGACCUUGGCAUCAUGGACCCGUACCCACCUCUCUGCGACAUCAAGGGCAGCUACACCGCCCAGUACGAGCACACCAUCCUACUCAGGCCCACCUACAAGGAAGUAGUGAGCCGUGGAGACGACUACUAAGCAUGCGUGAAAACUCAAGUCGAACCAGCAGGAGCAUGACAGCUCAGAGACAACAAACCUCUUAAGACUGAUAGCAAUUAUGCAAUAUUUCUCCAAACUAAAUUUCCACUGCUUGAGUACCUUUAGGUAAUCGUUUUAGCAAGAGCAAGAGACUUGUGUCAUGGCAGUAGCUUACUAGUUAUUUAUUUUCCAAAGGGUCAAGCCAAUAGAUAAAGGGCAUAUCUUUAAGAAAUGUAGUGUUGUCAUUUUAGUUAUAUUUUGAUGUGCUGCUUUUAGAAAAUAUGCAAAGGAAAUAUAUGCAAAAGAAUAUGCAAAAAAGGUUUUGGCGAACACCUCGCCUAAAAAUGCUAUGCUUUGUUGCCUUGUUAAGACCUUGUGAGGAAAAACAACUGCUAUGAAAUAUUUAUAUUUCUAUAUUUCUUUGCUCUAUUUUGAUUUUAGGCAGUUUUAUAAUAAAUAAAUUGUUAUAAAUCUCG